ACCUUAUAGUCAAGUAACUCUCCUUACUAGUUUCUCUGUGCAACAAAAAUGGCAAAGGCCCCAGAACAAGAGCAUCCUGUUAUAGCAUUUGGCUGGGCUGCCAGAGACAGCACAUCGGGGCAUCUCUCUCCCUUUAACUUCUCCAGAAGGGCAACAGGUGAUGAGGACGUGCGGUUUAAGGUGUUGUUCUGUGGCAUAUGCCACUCUGACCUUCACAGCAUCAAGAAUGAUUGGGGCUUCUCUGUAUACCCUAUAGUUCCUGGGCACGAGAUUGUGGGUGAAGUGACAGAAGUGGGAAGCAAGGUGAAGAAAGUAAAAGUGGGAGAAAAAGUGGGCGUAGGUGUGAUGGUUGGUGCUUGCCAUUCAUGCGAGAACUGCAACAACCACCUUGAAAAUUACUGCCCCAAAAUCAUACUUACCUACGGCGCCAUUUACCACGACGGAACAAUAACUUAUGGAGGCUACUCAGACACAAUGGUUGCCAGUGAGCGUUACAUUGUACGCUUCCCUGAGAACAUGCCACUGGAUGCUGGGGCUCCUCUGCUUUGUGCUGGGAUCACAGUCUAUAGCCCCUUGAAAUAUUUUGGGUUAGGAGAACCUGGGAAGCAUGUUGGCAUUGUAGGCCUUGGCGGGCUUGGUCAUGUUGGAGUGAAAUUUGCCAAGGCGCUUGGGGCAAAGGUGACUGUGAUUAGUACCUCCCUUAGCAAGAAAGAUGAAGCUUUGAACCAUUUGGGUGCUGAUGAGUUUUUAGUUAGCCGUGACCAGGAUCAAAUGCAGGCUGCCAUGGGCACAUUUGAUGGCAUCAUUGACACAGUUUCUGCUGUGCAUCCGAUUGUUCCCCUGAUUGGCCUUUUGAAGUCACAUGGGAAGCUCAUUCUGGUGGGUGCACCAGAAAAGCCACUUGAGCUGCCUGUGUUUCCAUUAAUCAUGGGAAGGAAGAUAGUGGCAGGUAGUGGAAUUGGAGGGACUAAGGAAACUCAGGAGAUGAUUGAUUUCGCAGCAAAACACAACAUAACAGCAGAAAUUGAGCUUAUCUCAAUGGAUUAUCUCAAUACAGCAUUGGAUCGUCUCGCAAAAAACGAUGUUAGAUACCGAUUUGUGAUUGACAUUGGAAACACUUUGGCUGCUACCAAGCCUUGAAGACUUCGUAAGGAGACUAUUAAACGGAAUGGUAUAUUACUGAAUUAAUGCGAAUAAUUAGUUGGGCUAAACGCCUUUAUGGAAUAUUGCCUUCUUUAUUUUGUCAGUAUUUGAUCUGACACAUUGUCAACUAUCGAUUUCCUUGUAAAAAAUAUAUCUCGAAUAAAAUAUU